GUUUUAUUCAGUAAGCGGAAGUCAUGCGACUACAUCCGGUUCAGUGAAAGUUGUCAGUUUAAAUUUCGGAUGUGAUCUCCCGUGCCGUAUCAAUCGGAUUGCGACUUUAUGAAGUGGCCUAUGAAGAGAACUUGCAACAACGACGACGACGACUUGAAUAUUAAGUUUUACGUGAUAAGCGCCGUUAUGGUAGUCUAAAUGUCCUUUCGGCUCUCCACGUGGUAUGUCAACAACGUUCUGUGUCAAACCAGGACGUUGUGUUCGGCCUCGACAACAGACCUUUUGGGCUCCAUUAAGUCUCUACAGCAGCUCUUUGUGGAUCGGUACUAUGUUUCCCCUGGGGUGAGGAAUGUGGCUCUGUUCAAAAUGGGACUGGCGUGCAACUACGGACCUUUGGGAACAGAGCUCCGGAGCAACCUCCUGAAUCAGUGGUGGCUCUCGAUGUCCUCUUCCGGCGCGCAGAUUUAUGGAAUAAACACUCUUUGUCGUCACCUGGAGGUGGAUGGAGAGAACACGUUUCAAGAGCCAGACGAGAUCAGCAGGGAAAAGCUGAUGAAGAUGACCGGGAUCCUUCAAGAAUCUCCAUCAAUGAGGACCAACCUUCUGCAGGGUGCCUUGGAUCAAUUCAUCCCUACGUUUGAGCUGAUGAAUAAGAAGCUCCCCUUUGGCCUGGCUGAGACAGGUACCUGUUUCCAGUCAUUGGAUGGCUCUGGCUGUAAUUUAGCAGAGGUCACCCAGGCAUCUCUGGUGUGGUUUUGCUCUCCCCGUACCUCAUCCCAGUGGCUGGAUCACUGGGCUCGUCACAGGCUGAAAUGGUGGAGGAAGUUCGCUCUGUCUCCAUCCGACUUCAGCUCCAGUGACGUCAAAGAGCAAGAUCUUGAAGUAGCUGCAUCUCGUGGCAUUCAGAUAUCCUACAACUUCCCAUGGGGUCAAGAACCAAUAGAGUUGCUGUGGAGUAGAGGAGAUACAGAGCUAUUGCAGAUGCACAAAGGAAACCGCUCAAAACUGCAUUGUCGUGAUGGGCGCAAAACAGUGCCUCAUGUGAUCGCAGUAUCUGGAAACAUGGACCGUGGAUUGCUGGCCUUCCUGUCUAACUCACUCCUCAGGAGAGAAGACACCAAACAGAGACUGCAGCAGCGAAAGGUCCUGAGAUUGCAUCCCCUUUUGGCUCCAGUGAAAGUGGCGCUAGAUAUCAACAGGGGACCAACAGUGGAGCUAAGACGGGUUUGUGCUGGACUUCUGCAAGAAUUUUUGGAGGCGAAAAUUUCUGCUUGGCCUGGCUAUCUUGAAACUGCGCCAACAUCCAUGGAGCAGCUCACCACCAAGUAUGAUGAGAUGGGAGUACUUUUUACCAUCCUGAUCAGUGAGAACACACUGGAGAGUGGCCUCCUUCAAGUGCGGAGCCGAGACACCACCAUCAGAGAGACCAUGCACAUUUCUGAGGUCAAGAACUUCAUCUCUAGAUACAUUACCGCUGCAGAUAACAUCUAAACGGAUUCUGGAGAAUAGCUAUAGUAAGAAAAAAAAAGAAGUUGUGAAAGUGAUUGGUUGAGUUUUAUUAACUGUUAUUUAUAUUAAAAAUAAACACAAAUAAUCAAAUCAAAUCCUGUUUGUCCCCUUUGUCUUUAUAUCUGUUCUUUAAAUUAUUGUUAAUUACAUUUUAAACAUGUUAUCUCAGAAAAGAAAGCAUUACAGGUCAAAAGGGCACGUACACAAUCGGAGUUACAGUCACCGCGCCAUCAGAAACCGUUAAAUAAG